CAAAACAAACGCAUCCACCUUCGUAGGGCUAAAAGUACAAUAAUAAAGUGUUCGAAAUAUUAGUUUAGCAUUGCAAAAAUCUUACCAAACCAUCGAACAUGACGACCGCUGCACGCCCUACGUUCGAUCCCGCACGCGGUGGUAGUGGCCGUGGUGAGAAGGAUCUGAGUGCGCUAUCGAAACAGUACAGUAGUCGCGAUCUGCCAGGCCACACGAAGCUAAAGUACCGCGACCAAGGGCAGAGCACCAGCGAAGAGCUACGCAACCGGGACUUCCGCGAGGAGCUCGAAAAGCGUGAACGCGACAACAAGCAGGGCAAGGGAUCGGCCGUCCCGACGGCACGCCGGGCUUUGGAACAAGGUUCGUCGGGCAGUGUGAGUGGAAGUACCAAGCGACAGAAGCUGGAGGCACCACAAAAUCUCGACGCAGACGAUCCAGUUGAUAGCGAAAACUCCGACACGGAUUCGGACGAGGACGAUACGGCGGCCCUGUUGGCGGAGCUGAACAAAAUCAAACAAGAGCGAGCGGCCGAAACGGCAAAGAAGGAACGCAGCAAACAGCAGGAAGAGGAACGAAUCCGGAUGGAAAACAUACUGUCGGGGAAUCCGCUGCUGAACUACUCCGCUACUGCCAAAGCAGAAAUGAAGGUGAAGCGACGUUGGGAUGAUGAUGUCGUGUUUAAAAAUUGUGCCCGUUCCGAGCCGGAAAAGAAGGCGAACCAGUUCGUAAACGAUUCAUUGCGAUCGGAUUUCCACAAGAAAUUUAUGGAUAAAUAUAUUAAGUAAGCUACAACGCGGUAAAUAAAUAAGGCACAAUU